AUGGCUGUGCUUCAUCAGAAGUCUGUCUUGGAUAUGAUUAAAGAGUUCAGAAGGAAUUGGCAUACUUUUUGUAACUCUGAGAGAACUACUGUAUGCGGUGCAGACUCUAUGAUCUUGGCAUUGCAGCUCUCCAUGGCAGAAAACAACAAACAGCGCAGUGGAGAAUUUACAGUUUCGCUCAGUGAUGUCUUAUUGACCUGGAAACACUUACUACAAGAGAAAUUGAACUUACCAGUUGAAAAUAUGGAAGUGAUUGCCCAUUAUGAGGACAUUAGGAGAACUUACGAUAAUUUCUUAAAGAAUAGUAAUAUGUUAGAUCUGAUCGAUGUUUAUAAAAAAUGUAGUGCUUUGACUUCUAAUGGUGAAAAUAAUGCCAACAUAUCUCCCAAUCAACUACGGGAUUUUCUGUCUGGCAGACAGUCCGCAGAAGAUGAUGAAACUGGUCUUUCUGUACCGACAUCACCAAUGAGUAAAGACAACCAGGAUAAUGAAAAGGCGAAGUUACUGGCAAAGAAAAUUAUCUACUCAUAUUUGAAUCUGCUAGUGAAUUCAAAGAAUGACCUGGCUCUGGCUCAUAUUCUCAAUAUUCCUGAUAGAGGACUCGGAAGAGAAGCCUUCACUGAUUUGAAACAUGCUGCUCGAGAGAAACAGAUGUCUAUCUUUUUGGUGGCCACAUCAUUUAUUAGAACAAUGGAGCUUGGAGGGAAAGGAUAUGCACCAUCACCUUCUGAUCCUUUGAGGACACAUGUGAAAGGAUUGUCUAAUUUUAUUAAUUUCAUUGACAAAUUAGAUGAGAUUCUUGGAGAAACAGCAAAUCCAAGCAUUGCAGGGAGUCGGUUACUCUCCGUGAUAAGGAUGCAGGUGACUAAAGGCCAUAGCAACAGGGAUCCUUUUUAUAAAGCAGUGGAGGAGGUUUCUCAGGAUUUGGAUUUGAGGAUUAAAGAUAUUAUCAAUUCUCAACAACGGGAUUUAGCUGUUAGCACCACUGACGUCAGUCCUGCACGGCCAAAAUCUUAUGCCAUAAACCAUGGCACUGCAUACUGUGGCAGAGAUACCGUGAAACUUUUAUUGGUUCUUUUGGAUGAAGAAGCAGCCAGUGUUCCUACCAAAAACAAAGCAGAGCUUUUAUAUGACGAUGAAUACACCAUUGAUCACAAUGGAACGUCUAUUCUUACACUUUUCAGAUCUCCCAUACAAGUGAAUAAUUCAUUGGUGAAACCACUAAGAGAGCGCAUCCAUAAGUCAAUGGAAGAGAAAAAAAUUAAGAUGAAGCAAACCUUAAUUAGAUCCCAGUUUUCUUGUACUUAUAAAGAUGACUGCCUGAUAAGCAGGAAUACAUGGAAUAAUGUUGAUUCAGCAUCAAAGCCAUUGAAUGUUCUUCACAUGGAAAAUGACCUUUCUGGUGUAAAUUCAUCUGUUGGAAGACCAACAAUUGGAACAAAUUCUGGAAAUGUUCAUCUGGACAGAAGUAAAAAUGAAAAAGUAAAAAGAAAAUCAAGUACUCAGUCAGGAAAUAAAAGCUCAAAAAGGAAACAGGUGCAUUUAGAUGAUGAAAACAUUCUCUGUGAUAAUGGAAAUGCACUACCCCAGUAUAAAAAUGUUAAAAUACCUAAGGCAUCAAUUGAUAUGCAGAAUAAAUUGGAUGGCAAACUAGCCCGAGUAGCACAAAGCAACAAGUGUGCUGCCAAGGACAAAUUGAUUACUGGCCAAACAAAGUUAACUCAGUUUUUUAGACUAUGA